GGUUGGCAACACAAGAGAUCAGAAAGGCACAGGGGAGGCAUAAUAAGGAUUCUAAGAAUUACAGCCCUGGGCCACAAUGAGUGCCAGGCGAGGCUUGACUGUUUUGUUAACCAUUUUGGUUGCUGUUGCAAAAGCAGAAACUACGGCAACGACAACAGAAACUGCGGCUCCAACAACUGGUUCAACUGCAGUAACAAACACAGAAACUGCGGCAACAACAACAACAGAAACUGCAUCAACAACAAUUGGUUCAACUCCAUCAAUAACAACAGAAACUGCGGCAACAACAACUGGUUCAACAGCAGUAACAACAACAGAAACUGCAGCAACAACAACAACAGAAACUGCAUCGACAACAACUGGUUCAACUGCAGUAACAACAACAGAAACUGCGGCUCUAACAACUGGUUCAACUGCAGUAACAACAACAGAAACUGCGGCUCCAACAACUGGUUCAACUGCAGUAACAACAACAGAAACUGCGGCAACAACAACAACAGAAACUGCGGCUACAACAACUGGUUCAACUGCAUCAAUAACAACAGAAACUGCGGCAACAACAAGUGGUUCAACUGCAAUAACAACAACAGAAACUGCGGCAACAACAACAGAAUCUGCAGCAACAACAACAACUGGUUCAACAACACCUGCUUCAACUGCGGCAACAACAACAACUGGUUCAACUGCAGCAACAACAACAACAGAAACUGCAGCAACAACAACUGGUUCAACUGCCCCAACAGUAACAGAAACUGCGGCAACGACAACUGGUUCAACUGCAGCAACAACAACAGAAACUGCGGCAACAACAACUGGUUCAACUGCCCCAACAGUAACAGAAACUGCGUCUACAACAACUGGUUCAACUGCAUCAAUAACAACAGAAACUGCGGCAACAACAACUGGUUCAACAGCAGCAACAACAACAGAAGAUGCAGCAACAAUUGGUUCAACAACACCUGCUUCAACAGCAGCAACAACAACUGGUUCAACUGCGGCAACAACAACAACUGGUUCAACAACAGUAACAACAACUGGUUCAACUGCAACAACAACACCUGGAUCAACAACAACACCUGGAUCAAAAACAGCAACAACAACUGGUUCAACAGCAGCAACAAUAACACCUAAUUCAACAACAACACCUGGAUCAACAACAACUGGUUCAACUGCGGCAACGACAACAGAAUCUGUGGCAACAACAACAAAUGGUUCAACACCAGUAACAACAACUGGUUCAACUGCGUCAACAACACCAGAAACCGGAUCAUCAAGAACACCUGGAUCAACAACAACUGGUUCAACUGCUGCAACGACAACAGAAACU